GAUAUCAUAAAAACACUGAACGUGAACAUAAAAAUACAAUUAUUUCGAUUAAUUGGUUUGAUUCUAAUUCCAAAACCCAAUUUACAUUACAAAUGGCACUUCAUUGUCCUUAGGCCAUAUGUAAGUAAACUUGUUUAAGCCAAGUAGCUGUUAGUUUAAGCCUUAAAACAAACAGCUAUGAAUGAGUGUUUCUUUUAUUCAGGCAAUAGACCCAUUACAUUAGCUAUGUUGUUGUUACAUUCUCAUUUACGAUAUUGCUGUGCGUGACAGUUUAACAACCAACUUUCAUCUGUGAGAGAUGGAAGGAGGCGGCAGGAUGUCGCUGGAGGCGCCGCGACUCAAGGAGGAGCCCCAAUAUAUGGUAGACGCGAGCAUAAAGGUAGAAGCAGAAGAGGAUGAGGAGCCGCAGCCAUUGAAACCAGAGCCUGCGUGUGUACAGCCAGAGCUGCAGGGUGCGGGGCAGGAGACGUUGUGCGAGGACGGAGGCCUAUACGCGGACCAUGAGGUCAAACACGACCUGGUGCUGGGGCCCGAGGUGUUGCUACGGUUGUGUGCGGACAAGCGCCCCGCAACACCACCCUCCGCGGCCGGGCCCUCGAGCGCCUCCGACGACAUCGAGCCGCGGCCGCGGCGGGGACCCCACACCGACCUGCAACACGCCGAGCCAAUAGAGACGUACAUGUGCGACACCUGUGCACAAUUAUUUAGGAAAAAACAUUCUUUAAUUCGCCACAUCAAAGCACAUCUGCGAGCAAAUCCAAAAAUGUUACGAAUACACUCCACCAAAAAGGUAUUCUUUUGUGAAAUAUGUCACAAACGGUUCUUUCAAUCGGGCCACUUCAACCGCCACUUGCGAACUCACACGGCCACUAAACCGCACGUUUGUAACAUCUGUAAAAAAGAGUUUAUGAGAAUGGACUGUUUAGAAUUACACAAACGCAUCCACACUGGACAGAAACCAUACUCGUGCAAGUUCUGUGAGAAGAAGUUCACGCAGUCACAUAACUUAACGAGACAUAUAAGAAUACACACUGGCGAGAAGCCGUACGUCUGCGAUAUAUGCUCGAAGAGGUGUUCGCAAUCAGGCGACUUGAAGAUUCAUAAACAGAUUCACGAGAUUGAGGAGAAGUAUUCGUGCGAUUUGUGUAACAAAAGGUUUAAGUGGAAAUCAACUUUGAACAAACAUAGACGGAACCACGCCAGGAAGAACGCUCGGGACAAAUCGAAAGAUACUUAACUUGUUUCUUACUGGGCGCGUGACACCUACAUGCCGACGGUGGAUGCUGCUGGCGACCCCUCUCAUGUCGCGGACGUUCAAGCUCGCCGAUGUUAGAAUGCCAUUCCAUUAUUCUUGGUACUAUUGUAAGUUGCCUCGAAUUUGACGUCAUCAAUAGUCAAACAAACGUCUGAAUGAAUUGUGUAUAAAUUCGUCAUGAUUGAUGCUUAUUAUAUUAUAUUAAAGUAAAUAUUGAAAAAAAAAACCCGAGAUCAAAGGUAAUUUACGAUUUAUGAAUUAAUGGUUAAAUUAUUUUAUUAAGUCAUGCAAAUGUUUUGGCUGUUUUAUUAUUCUUCUUAUUUAUAUAUCCAUAUUAAAAUAUAAUUAAAUUAAAAUUCGGUAACCUAAGAUUUCAGUAGGUAUUAAGAGGGGUUACUAACUUUAAGUGUCCUUAUUUUAUUAAUGAAAUAUUUAGUAACCAAAUAUAUUGGUUUCAACUGACAUUGUUGUAUCUAAUCGUGAACAUUUGAUAUUAAAUUAUAUUGUAAUAUU